UAGUCUCUCAAGUCUCAAUCUUUUGAUCUUCUCUCUGAGUUUUUUGGUAGCCUCAAUUUCCUCACAGUCAACAACUUUUCUAUGUCUUUUUAGCAUUUUAAUAUUAGUAGCAACUGGAUUCUGUGUAGUUUUGGUAAAAGGAAUAGUAUUAGAUACGGAAUCAGACGUAUUGGAUGAUUUUGGAAACCUUUGAUUUAGAUUUAGGUGAUUAAAUGUUAAGCAAACCAGUUUAAGCAGUGAAAAACAUAUAUCUGUUCUAUUUCGUUGUAUUUUGGUUUUCAUAGUCAGAUAUGAUGAGAGAUUCUGGUGGUGGUGGUGUUGUUCUUCAGCUAUGGAUAAGCUUCAAGCCAUAAAGGGAUUAAAAUAAGGUUCGCUAAAGACGAAAUGUGCAAGUGUUAUGCCAGAGUAGAGGGGAAGUUUCUGCAGAAUCUCAGAUGUUAUUUGAUGCUGCUUCUAUUCUAUCUUGUUCACGGAGGCUGGUCUUGACACUGUCAUUAGAAAUUCAGUAUUCUAAAAAUGUGUUUCAAUAACAACGAAGUGGCAAAUGAAGUGGAAACCGAGAGGCAAACGUUUGGAGAAGAUGAAUCUCGAGUUCAAGAUAUUGCUGGAAAUGCCAACAAUUUGUUACAGCAGCAACAACAACAACAACCGUUAGCUCCGGUUGUGAAGUGGGAGAGGUAUCUCCCGGUUAGAUCGCUCAAGGUUCUUUUAGUGGAGAAUGAUGACUCGACACGCCAUAUUGUUACUGCCCUUUUAAAGAAUUGCAGCUAUGAAGUCAGUGCUGUUUCGGAUGUCCUUGAAGCCUGGAGAAUCCUAGAAGACGAGAACAGUUGCAUCGAUCUUGUCUUGUCAGAGGUUGUCAUGCCUGUGAACUCUGGAACGGGUCUAUUGUGCAAGAUUAUGAGCCAUAAAACUCUCAAGAACAUACCCGUCAUAAUGAUGUCAUCUCAUGAUUCGAUGGUUCUGGUCUUCAAGUGUUUGUCUAAUGGUGCUGUUGAUUUUCUCGUGAAACCCAUUAGAAAGAACGAGCUAAAGAAUCUUUGGCAGCAUGUCUGGAGAAAAUGCCACAGCUCUAGCGGUAGCGGAAGUGAGAGUAGGAUACAGAACAAGAAGUCAGCGAAAACUGAAAGCACUGAAGGGUCAGAAGACGAUGCCAGCAUGAGUGAUGAAGAUCACGGGAAUGAUAAUGGGAGUAUUGGUUUGAGUAACGGAGAUGGUGGGAGUGAUAACGGGAGUGGAACUCAGAGCUCGUGGACCAAAAGAGCCAGUGAUAUUAAAAGCACCUCGCCUUCAUAUCAAUUGCCCGAUGCACCCAAUAUGAACCUGGGAACCUAUGGAAACAGAUGGGAACGUUUUAAUGAACUGAAGGAGGUUGAAAAUCAGAAUGAACAAAGAGGUGAUGUUGCAAUAGGCAUGGGAUUGCAGGCAGGAAUGUGUAUGAGUACGAAAGCUGAAGAACCAGGAAGUCUGGAAAAGGAUGCAAAAUAUUCUAUUCAAGCUUUGGAGAGAAACAAUAGUGACAUGCAAAACUGCUCUUCUGGUAAUUCACAAGUAGAAAGCAAAACACCUUCAUCUAACCCUGAAGAUUUGAAAGGGCUCGAUUUGAAAUCGCUCAAGAUAACUCUGACAAAACCAAGAGAGGCUGGAACAUACAGAAUGGGUGAUCGAAGUGUUUUGAGGCAUUCAAAUCACUCUGCAUUCUCAAAAUACAAUAACGGUGCUACCUCUGCUAAUAAGGCUCCAGAGGAAAAUGUGGGAAGUUGUUCUCCUCAUGACAGUUCCAUUGCAAAAAUAAUGUGUUCCGGUUCGAGCAGUGAUAAUCCUUUGAAUCAGCAGUCUAGUGGAAGCGACCGGGCUGCACAAAGAGAAGCUGCUUUGAUGAAGUUUCGCCUUAAACGAAAAGAGCGAUGUUUUGAGAAAAAGGUAAGAUACUAUAGCAGGAAGAAACUAGCUGAGCAACGGCCUCGCGUCAAGGGUCAGUUCAUUCGCAAGAGCGAUGAGUCUAAAUCAGGAAAUGAGUGUCCGAGUAGUGACGACAGUUGAAACAACAAAAUUGGUUUAGAAGAUCUGAAGAACAAAAGAAAGUUUCACAAAGUGGCAUUGUAUCUGUAUUCUGAAGCUCAAGCCAAGUGGUGCAAGAACCACCGGAACCACCUGAACCACCGGAACCAUCGGAUUCGGAUCCAUCGGAAGCAACGGAUUCAUCGGAAAGUAUCAACGGCGAGGACGACGAAGUAGAUGAGGAACACCCAUUUGGCAAUAACGAGUUCCUCAAUAACGCUUGGCGCCACAAUGUCGAACUCCCAGACGAUCGUUAUCCUCCAGGUUCGAGUCCACCUCUACUUUCCCAUUCUGGAGUUACGUUUCGAUGGCACGAGAUCCUGGACGGAACCCUAAACCUCCGGGACACUAACUUUCUCGGUCGAGGAAACUUCGGUCGAGUCUUUCGCUGCGACUUCCCGAGAAUCAAUAAGGUCGGAGCUGCAAAGAUUCAAGACAUACAGAACCCACAGGCUCAUCCUGAGUUCGUAGCAGAGAUCACAACGUUACACGCAGCUAAUCACCCAAAUGUGAUCAAACUUCUCGGCAAAUGUUUUGCUCCUGAACACCGUGUCAUCGUCUACGAAUUCAUGC